CGGCCAAUCUACUCCAUUCACACCGUAGGCAACAGGAACAUGAAUACUCUUCCUGUAUUCUGUGUAGCCUGUCUCUUCAGGCUCUGCGGGGCGGGAAUAAUCGGCAAGAAUAAGAACUCGCUUCCAAACCCAAGCAAAAUCAAGCAUCCCGUAGAUUUGCCUCCACAAGACGGUGAAGUACCGACAAUCGCACCUCCUGGGCCAUAUACUAAUCCCUCUAAUGGAUCCAUGAACCUCUCUGGUGAGGUCCCCUGGGAGGAAGAGUAUGAAGACAACAAAGAGCAGGUCUGGGAUUUGGCUAACGGGACUAGUUAUGGAAAGAAGAAUCUGGCUCCUGGUGAGCUUUCCCAUGGCAAAGAAGAGAAGAGUGGACAAACACAACUCCGACAAAGUACUACAGGGUCAGAUGAACCUCUACUUUUCAACUUGGAAAACUCAGAGGAUCCCAAGGGCAAUGAGAAGAAGGAAGAGGAAGAAGAAAUGUUUAAAAUGGACGGUGAUUCAGAUUCUGAAGAAUAAAGGUCAAGGAGAGCAUACGCUCUAGGUGCUGGUUGGAGGAAACACAACUCAAUUGUACGAUAUCAUUCUGCACUGUAGACGAACUUGCAAAUGUAGUUAAUCUGUAAAUGGAUAGUCAUCUCACACCAAUCACGAAAUUCAACAUUUCAAUCCAUGCUUUAUGCUUUAAACAUUUUUGGUCCAUCGUUUGUAAAUGUAUGGAGUUGGUCUUUUGGA